AGGGUGGAGGGUCUGCAAUGCUGAGUGUUCCGUCCGUGGGAUGUGAGCCACUCGGUGCUGGUCAUGCCUGCUGUGGGAGGGAGCCCCCGUUGCUUGCUCCUGGCCCUGCCUUUGCAGCUCGGAGUCCAGAACGUGAUUUCUCACCCCGCUGUUUACUUCCCUGUCACUGUCCAUCUUGUCUUUCCUUUCGCUUCCUCCCACUUACCUCCCUACCCGGCCCGGGCCCGGGCAGCCUGCCACCGUCACAUGCCAGGCAGUAGUGUGUCCGGCCCACCAGCUCCCCUGGGGCAUGAGAGAAAGCUGAUGCCCAUGGUGUCCCUAGAGCCAGCUGCCACUUCUCCGGGGGCCGCUGUGGCUCCUGACCUGCUGUCCGCAAAUAACCCCAGGCCGGGAAAGGCGAAAGGCGCCUUGGGCUCCGUGGCCCCUGUCCAGGCCUGUGGCUCCAGGUAGGGGCCCAGCGGGCGGCUGCCUCCUGCCCUUCUCCCUUCCACCCUGGGAACCUGAGACGAAGCCGGAGGCCUCGGCGUCUGUCAGUCUGUCGGCUGCUGGUCCCUGAGGACGGAAGUGCAGGUCUUGGGGAAGGGCCCACGGCCUCGGUUGAGCCCCCAGACCGACUCCUAAGCCCCAGACAAACUGUGCUCUGUCCACCGCACCUCCUGCAUGUCCUGCUGCCCUGAGCUGUCCCAAGCUAGGUGACAGCGUGUUACGCUGCCACCAUGAAUGAGGUGUCUGUCAUCAAAGAAGGCUGGCUGCACAAGCGUGGUGAAUACAUCAAGACCUGGAGGCCCCGGUACUUCCUGCUGAAGAGUGACGGCUCCUUCAUUGGAUACAAGGAGCGGCCUGAUGCCCCAGACCAGACCCUGCCCCCGCUAAACAACUUCUCUGUCGCAGAGUGCCAGCUGAUGAAGACUGAGAGACCACGGCCCAACACCUUCGUCAUACGCUGCCUACAGUGGACCACUGUCAUUGAGAGGACCUUCCACGUAGACUCUCCAGACGAGAGGGAGGAGUGGAUGCGGGCCAUUCAGAUGGUCGCCAACAGCCUUAAGCAGCGGGGCCCAGGUGAGGACCCCAUGGACUAUAAGUGUGGCUCCCCCAGUGACCCUUCUGCGGCCGAGGAGAUGGAAGUGGCAGUUAGCAAGGCUCGGGCCAAGGUGACCAUGAAUGACUUCGACUAUCUCAAACUUCUGGGCAAGGGCACCUUUGGCAAAGUGAUUCUAGUGCGGGAGAAAGCCAGCGGCCGCUACUACGCCAUGAAGAUCCUGCGGAAGGAAGUUAUCAUUGCCAAGGAUGAAGUUGCCCACACGGUCACCGAGAGCCGGGUCCUCCAGAACACCAGGCACCCAUUCCUCACUGCACUGAAGUAUGCCUUCCAGACCCACGACCGCCUGUGCUUCGUGAUGGAAUACGCCAACGGUGGUGAGCUGUUUUUCCACCUGUCCCGGGAACGAGUCUUCACGGAGGAGCGAGCCCGCUUCUAUGGUGCAGAGAUCGUCUCUGCCCUUGAGUAUUUGCAUUCGCGGGACGUGGUGUACCGCGACAUCAAGCUGGAAAACCUCAUGCUGGACAAAGAUGGCCACAUCAAGAUCACUGACUUCGGACUGUGCAAAGAGGGCAUCAGUGACGGGGCUACCAUGAAAACCUUCUGUGGGACGCCCGAGUACCUGGCACCCGAGGUGCUGGAGGACAACGACUACGGCCGCGCGGUGGACUGGUGGGGGCUGGGCGUGGUCAUGUACGAGAUGAUGUGCGGCCGCCUGCCCUUCUACAACCAGGACCACGAGCGCCUCUUCGAGCUCAUCCUCAUGGAGGAGAUCCGCUUCCCGCGCACACUGAGCCCCGAGGCCAAGUCCCUGCUUGCUGGGCUGCUCAAGAAGGACCCCAAGCAGAGGCUCGGCGGGGGGCCCAGCGAUGCCAGGGAGGUCAUGGAGCACAGGUUCUUCCUCAGCGUCAACUGGCAGGACGUGGUGCAGAAGAAGCUCCUGCCACCCUUCAAACCUCAGGUCACCUCUGAGGUUGACACAAGGUACUUUGACGACGAGUUCACCGCCCAGUCCAUUACAAUCACGCCCCCGGACCGCUGUGAGUGUCUGAGGCCCUCCCACCGUGGGCCUGGCUGGUUUUUUCUUCAGCCCUCUGCCAAACUCACCUCAGCGGUCCCAGCGGCCCUGCCUCCAGGAUCCUGUCCUGUCCUCACCUCUGUGCUCAGACCAGGCUUUGGGAGACUCUCCGCUGGAGGGAUUCCGGUUUUUAAUCAACACGAGCCCCAGGGAGGGGCGAAGCGUGGGGCUGUGGGUCCUGCCUGAAUUUCUGGCCAGACGCCUGCAGGCAGUCUGCCUCUGUCAGAGGUCGCCUUCUCGUGGGACACCUCAGGGGACACCUUGUGGGACAUGAUGCCCCGCGGACAGUGCCCCCGUGCUGCCUUCCGUGCCCUGCUGUUAGGCUCAGAGCGGCCUGGCUCGGGCAGCCCAGCCCCUCAUCCCACAGGGGCAGAAAAGCAAUAAUGUCUAGGGACAGGCUGGGGCCUUUGGAAGGUGCGGGAUUGGGGGUCCAGGGCUCCCUCGUGUGGUUGGGGGAUGGGCACUGCCUCCUUGCCCCGCCUUCCCCAGCCUCCCAAGCUGCUCUCCUGACCCUGUGGAUGAGGCAGGAGGAACAUUUGGGGACUGGCCUCCCCGCCACCCAGUCCUGUGCCUUACCAGGGCUUCCUUCCAGCUGGCCUUAACUCCCGCUGCACCCCGGGCCCAGCCCCAGCUCUUUCCAAGGAUGGGGGCUGGGAUCACCCCCUUCUUUCCGCCUGGGGCGGAGGGGUGCCAGCCCCAGCUGUUACACAUCUCGCACCAAGACAGUAUUGGGCCCCAUGGACUGGGGUCAAAGAGGGGGUGGGGGGGGGUCUCUGGUACAUACUGGGGUGGGGGCCUCUGAGAAGGGGAGGCUCCAGGGCCCCUUUCUACCCCCCCGCCUCUGGGCCCCACGUUCUGCAGCCUUAAGGUGAACAUGUGUCAGUGCUGUGGGCACGGGGGUACGUGCCUCAGACUAUGUGUGUUUGUGGAUGUCCCUCUGCAUCCCGGACGUGGAUGCACACGGGCGUGUGUGUGUGUGUGUGUGUGCGCGCGUGCGUGCAUGUGUGUUGGGUAUGUGUGCGUGAGGGCAAGCGUGUCUUGGCCUUGAGUGUGUGGUGUGUGUGGGCUUGGGCCCUGUCCCCGGGCCUGAGCAUUUCAUCCCCUGAGGGAGGGGUGCUGGCCCAGCAGGAGGACCACACCUGGGAUCCAUUUGCUGCCCGCUCUCCUUCCCAUCCCCCCCCACCACCCAACAUCUCUCGGUGUGUGGAAUUUAGUUGUGGUUUUGAUCUCCCUGCCCCACCUCCUGUACUAGGUAGUUCCGAGAGAGACAUCCUAGGGUGGGGUGAGGGUUGGUUUGGGUGGGUGGGGGGUCUUUUUCCUUUCUGUGUGCGUAUGUCCUUUAUCUGACAAUUCUCUGUCCUCCCCACUGGCCUUCCCCCUUCCUCCCAUUUGUACGGUACAAGCAAUAAAGACACUCGUUUCAGACCGGG